AUGACCACGUGACCAGGCUGACUUUCCCCCCGGUUUAGAGGAGAGCCGCUGUCGCACACAGUCAUGGCGUUUUUCACUCACCACAUAACCCGAGCUCUGAGCUCUUCUACCGUCCGAAAUGCUGCCAUUAAACAUGUUACUGUGAUCGGAGGAGGAUUAAUGGGCUCGGGAAUCGCGCAGGUUGCGGCAGUGACUGGACAUUCAGUUGUGCUGGUGGACAUGUCUGAAGACAUCCUGAAGAAAUCCGCCAAGGGCAUUGAGGGCAGUCUGAGGAGAGUAGUGAAGAAGAAGUUUGCAGAUAAACCCGAGGCUGGAGAGGAGUUUGUUCAGAAGGUGCUGAAGAAUGUUUCCACAAGCACAGAUGCUGCAUCAGUGGUGCAGAGCACUGAUCUGGUGGUGGAGGCCAUCGUGGAGAACCUCAAAGUGAAACAGAACCUCUUCUCUACACUGGAUAAAGUAGCGCCAGAACACACCAUCUUUGCCAGCAACACCUCCUCACUUCCUAUUGCGGACAUCGCUGUGUCUACAACUCGCUUAGACCGGUUUGGAGGGAUCCACUUCUUCAACCCAGUCCCUAUGAUGAAGCUUGUGGAGGUCAUCCAGGCUCCCGGAACAAGCCAAGAAACAUUUAACGCACUCCUCGAUUUCACCAAAGCAUUAGGAAAGCAUCCGGUGUCAUGCAAAGACACUCCAGGCUUUAUUGUAAACCGGCUGCUCGUGCCUUACCUAAUGGAGGCAGUGCGUCUACAUGAACGAGGUCACGGUUCCAAAGAGGACAUCGACGUAGCCAUGAAGCUCGGAGCCGGUCAUCCCAUGGGUCCUUUUGAGCUUUUGGACUAUGUAGGAUUAGACACGUCCAAAUUCAUCAUCGAUGGUUGGUAUCAGAUGGAGCCAGAAAACCCGCUGUUUUCUCCAAGCCCCCUUCUCAACAAGCUAGUGUCCGAGGGCAAGCUGGGCAAGAAGACCGGAGAGGGUUUCUACAAGUACAAAUAAACAGAACAGGGAUGAACCUGAACUUGGAAUUCUCUGUCAAAAAAAAAAAAAAUCAUGAACAAAUUUAGAAAGUCCAGAGAGUUGAUACAGAACUAAUGGAUCAUUAAACAGCAGUUGUGCAAUAAUACAAGAAAAGAAAAAUAGAAUAAACAC